CAUUAGUCGGCGAAAUGGUGAACGGUUUCGACCGGCAGUUGCAGAUUGAAGUCACAAAGUUUACGAAAUUAUGCAAGGAGAAACAGGAGCAGUUGUUGGCUUCAUGUGCGAGGGAGGAAAAGGUAGUGUUGUCACUAGGGAUGCUAAUACCAUUUCAGCGGAUAAAGGAUGAUUAUGAGGAACAGAUGAUAACGCUUAACAAGAAGCACAGGAAACAGCAAGAACACCUGCGCCGGAAAUUAGAGUAUAGGCGAAAAGCUCUGCAUAGAAAACUGGAACAUGAACUGCGUGUGGAACUGAAGCUAUACAGACGCUACAUUGGUGUCCGAGCACAGAGUACGGGGCGACUGAACGCAGAAUCAACCUCAAGUGCUGCUUCACUCUGUUCACUUGAUAAUACUGGCCUCUCAAGGCCCGAUCAAAACACGACGAGUACCAACCAAACGAGCGCUAAUCAGUCGACUGUUCAGCUCAACGGCAAGGAGAAGGAAGAACAAAGACGACGGAAGUGGAUACGUCGUCAUCUCUCCACCACCAAGGGGGCUGAUUCCAGCGAGUUGCUUCAUCAAAGAGAAUUCACUUCAACGCUGAGACGCCUGGAAAAGGAAAUGGAAGAUCGAUUGCGUUUUGCGGACGAUGAAGCGCGUAUGGCGGUCGCCCAGAUGGAAUGGGAAUUUAUGCGUGAGAGACAUGAGCUAAAGCGAGAAUACACAGAGGCUAUGGCUGACUUUAAACAGCGUCGUUUGUCCUCACUGGGACAAAUCAAGGUUUGCCAAGUCAAGGGAUACUUCGACAUUCAUCGUAAAUUGCUGUUAGAAGAGCAGACCCGUGAGCUCAAUGCACGACAACGCACAUCGCAGGAUUCUCUUAAACGCCUGGCCGCCAGCCAAGAAAUAGAACGACAAACUGCCUGCCGGCUUGCGCGGACAACAGCAAAGGGCCAAAAGCAGGUAUCUCAAGUGCUGUAUGCAGUGAAGCCAAAGGAACAAAAACUGAUUGAACGGACAAUAAGUGCCAGCGGUGACAAGGAUACUUCACAAACUACCCGACCCAUGUCCGCUGAAGCCACACUGAUUGACAGACUCUACCCAAAGCCAGAAGAUGAAGCGUUCAGACAAGACAAUUCCAGCCUUUCAAGCACUCAAAUUUAUCGACCAAUCUCACUUUACUCUUCCAUGGGGACAGGAACCAAUGGAGUAGAAGUGAGAGCCCAAUCUUCACAGAGCAUUCCAGCACAAUGUGAUCAGGAUAAUUCUCACACGGCAGACAGUACUUCAAGUUCUAAGCGGCUUCUUCCAAAAUCUGUUCAGGGGCGUUUGCUGCUUCGACAGGACUUGCGUCAUUCCAGAUCCGUGCACAGCAUACAUUCAGCUCUGGAUACCUGCGAACAUAUGCAGCGUGUGGUUAUCAAUACCCUGUCAAAACAACAGGUCGACCAAUGGACUGAUGUGCUCAAUCAAGAACGAGCCUUAACGGAGGCUCUGAUGCACGCACAUUCAGAGCAAAAGAAGAUGCUAAUCGAGGAGGAGACUGCCACACUCAGACGUGCACAGGCUGAGCAAGAAAGUCGUGCCGGACAUCUUGCAGUGGUUUUAGAGGCAACAGAAAAGUUCAUGGAGAACGAAUUCACGAACGAGAGGAAUCGCCUGACCGCUUAUUAUUACGGAGAUCCACCGAUGCAAACGAGUGCUCUUCAUGUAGAGACGAGAGAAGGAACAAUACCUGAUUUCAGCUCGAUACGUAGGGAUGACACCGCUCCGCAUGCCAGUCCAAGCUUGCAAUCCGCGCUUGAUUAUUAUCCGGCCGGUCGUCGGAUUGACAAAAGCGUCUCGGUAAGUGAUCGGACGUCCGUGAAGUCUGGAACCAGUGAGUCUGCUCGAGGGCGUGUCAUUAUAUGCCGUGAAGAACACGCUGCCUGACGGUACAAUCCUUCAAGUCUCCGCCCGGAAGCAGUGUUGUAUUCCAAAUGUGAUCAUCGCUAGAAAUCCAGUUUCCUUGCCAGAUUCCGAUUCUAUUGUUUUCCGAAUUCAUUAGAACGUCAGUUGUAUUUUCUUUAUCAUACACGGCGGACUUUUCUUAUUCACGUUUCACUCAUCUUUUUGCACGCAAAAUUGCUUUUUACACUACUCCUUUCCCAGCAUGCUAAUCUUUUACUAAUAUUUUGCACCAGACGCGUUCGCUCGUUUAAAUCAAACUGAUUGUACAACCACAGCAACACUCCUUGAAAGGACAGACAAUUCGCUUUACUGAAAACUCCAUUGGUAAACCAGAAAAGGAUUGAUACACAUUUCAUGCAGAAGGAGACACUGUUU